CCUCCCUCCCUCCCUCCCUCCCUCCCUGCCUGCUGCCCGCCCGCCGCCGUCUCCCUCUCCGUGCCGGCCGGGUGCUGAAGUUGGGCGGAUGGCAGCGUUGCCGCUCCGCUAGGGACGAGCCGCACCAGCCCUUCCCGGGACCGCUCCGCGCCAGCCGCACGCAGCCCGGCGGGGGUGGCCACUUGGGCACUGAAGUAGCUGAAAUGAGAAAGAGGCAGCAGUCACAAAAUGAAGGAACAUCAGCUGUGUCUCAAGCACCUGGAAACCAAAGGCCCAACAACACAUGUUGCUUUUGUUGGUGCUGUUGCUGCAGCUGUUCAUGCCUCACUGUUAGGAAUGAAGACAGAGGAGACAAUGCAGGAAGGCCAACACAUACAACCAAAAUGGAGAGUAUCCAAGUCAUAGAAGAAUGCCAAAACCCUACUGCAGAAGAAAUUUUGUCUUGGGCUCAGAAUUUUGACAAGAUGAUGAAAACACCAGCUGGGAGAAACCUUUUCAGAGAGUUUCUUCGAACAGAGUAUAGUGAGGAGAACCUGCUUUUCUGGCUUGCAUGUGAAGAUCUAAAGAAGGAACAGAACAAGAAAGUUAUUGAAGAAAAAGCAAGACUUAUAUAUGAAGAUUACAUCUCUAUACUAUCACCAAAAGAGGUUAGUCUUGAUUCCCGGGUGAGAGAAGUGAUCAACAGAAACUUGCUGGAUCCCAGCCCUCACAUGUAUGAAGAUGCCCAACUCCAGAUAUACACCCUAAUGCAUAGGGACUCUUUUCCAAGGUUUUUGAACUCUCAGAUUUAUAAGUCUCUUGUUGAAAGUAUUACAGGCUCUACUUCUGAAACUUAGUUUUAAUUUUCAAAGAGAAUAACUUGAUUUUUUUUUUUUUUUGGGUGGGUGGGAUGGAAGAAAAGUAGUUUAGUAACAUCUGGAGCUGGGUUCCUGGAGAACUGCAGUUUAGAACUACUCAGGCUACUGUGAAGAAAACAAAUACAUAUUAUGGUCUCUGUCUACAUUUUUACCAAGGUUCUCCUUGCUUGAGAUGGCAUGGGAGGGGAACAGUGGAUUUGCCAAAAUACAUUUGUUUCGCACUCCUUUCACCCUACUGCAGUCAAGAUUGCAAUGAUGUAUUUGUAGUUUUAUGAACAGUCUCCUUGUGUAUCCUCACACUGCAUGUGCAAGGUAAAACUGCUUCACUUACCACUUAGUUGUUGCAAUAUUUAAUCCAAUAACAUAAAUUAUAUCUGUAUUUAAGAACUUUUUUUGUGCAAUACAGUCUUAUGGUACAUAGAAACAAUUGCAGCAAAGAGGCUUGCAUUUUUUAACAUCACUAACUGAAAAAAGCCAAUUUUUAAGGUGUAGCAUUACUCAACACUCUCUACUGAGUACAAUACACUGAUUUUUUGAAGCCAGUAUUUCUGUACAGAAAAAAAGAGCUAUUUAUCACUGUUUAUUUAAAAUAAAUCAAGUGGAGGAUUCCUCUGGUUGUUCACUGCCAAAACUGUGGCAUUUUCAUUACAGAGUUUGCAAUGUCAAAAAAAGCAAAAAAAAAAAAAGCAAAAAAAAAAAAAGCACAAAUCACUUAAAGGGAUCCAUAUCUGGGUGACACAAUCUAUGCGCUGAUAUUGUUUAAUUGUUAAAAGAACAAAGAUUUUCAAUGUACUUUUCAGAUGUCAGAUACUGUAAUUGAUUUAUUAAAGACUGGCUAUCCAGUUCUAACACUGUUGUAUAAUGUUAUGUACUUCAGCAAAAAACAAAAAAACACGAAAAGCUUGAUAAUUUAGUUUUUUGAAUAAAGAAAUUUAAUAAAAGAUUGCCUACAUGUAGCAUUUUAGAGCAUUUUAGAACAUUUUGAUGAAUUGCAUCUGUCCUGCAAAAUAUUUUUUUUGAAAGCUAAAUCCAGUAAAAAAUGUUUUUAAACAAAGUAAUGUUUUACAAGGUGGUGGGUUAGAAGACUUAUCUUAACUUGUAGCCUGACUGAUUUUGAGUAGCUCCUUGAAAACAAGGGGUUUGGAGACUAAUAUUAAACCAAACUUCAAGGGCUCCUAAACCUACAGUCCUUACCCAAGCAAAAUGCCUACAGAAAUGCAACAGGUGUCUUUCUUGGGUAAAGAAUCCUGUACUGAGCCCUUAUAAUCAGAGCUAAGGCAGCACGGUACCCCCAUCACUUGGCUUCCGUGGUGUUUUUAACAGGUGUUUGCUUGGACUUUUUAUCAAAAAAUGUCCAAUUUUAGGACGCAUUUUGAUGUUUAAAGAGACAGUGACGCAGAACUUAAAAAAAUCUUCAUUCCUACUAUAAACAAGCAAAAUGAGUAUUAGCAUCCCUCAUAAACUGCUAAAGAUAGACCAAGAAAUGGUUUUGAAUACUUGUUAAAUAUAUAUAUAUGUAUGUAUGUUUGUAUGUGUGUAUAUAUAUAUUUAAUACUGACAACUCUGGUCUUAUACUAAGACUUAAGAAGCAAGGUUCUUCUCAUUUAUAUAGGACUAAACAUGGCAUAAGUCCGUUGCUUUGAUGGGACUGGAAGGUCUGGCAGUUGUGUCCUCGAGUGGAAUCUAGCCCCAACACACCUGGCUCCAAACCCCAGUUACUCCUUGCAGGCAGCCUUCAGUGACAGCUCUCCCUGGAGCCACUGCUGCUGAGGCAGGUCUGCUGCUAUACAGUAACUGGUAGGAUGCAGGUCUUAGUUUAUCUUCUGGGGCUUAUUUUUUUUUUCUUUGUUUUACUACCUCUCAUUUUUUUAAUUUAUUGAACAUGCUUCAAAUAGCAAGUCUGGGGAAUUUUUUAAUCAUUCUUUUUACUUGAAACCUGUGUGCUUUUUUUGGAUAUAUAUACGAACAAUUUAAUGAACUGUUUCUUAAACUCAUUUGGUUUUGUAAUUUAUAUAGAAUUCAGGAGAUGAUUAAAAGGGCUAUUCUCUAUUCCCUAUGCAAAUAUUUUAACUGUUGUAGUGUUUGACAAAAUGGGAUCUAAACAAAAAAUAAUCUUCAAAGUGGAAAAAAAAAUCUGUUUACAGUGGCGUUGCUGACUAUCCUACCAUAUUCAGCACUUUUAAAUAUUGUUAUUUAUGAAAAUGUAGUUUAAAAUGCAAGACAAAAUAUUUAUAAAUGUUUCUUUUAAUAAAUACCUGUUUUGUCUGAAAGUGUUACUGUGUUAUGACAACUUUAUUCAUGUUGGUUAGCUACUUACCAUUAUGAAUAAACUAUUCAAUUAUUAUACUGAUAGAAUAAUAGUUAUGAUGUUUACAAAUACUGGGGGGGGGGGGGUCGGGAUUCACUGAGAAAGGACUGCCUCCUUCUACUGUGAAAUAUUGUUAGAAUAAAUGAUUUUUUUUUCUGCCUUUUUUAAAAAAAUUGGUACUUAUGGUCCUACAUAUGUCUAGUAUCAUUUGAUUACAGUUGUAUUUACUGUGGUACUAAACAUAUACAGCAUCAUAUAUGUAUAUAUUUACAUAGUGUAAUUUCAAGUUUGUUGGUGUUUGAGGCACAAUAACUUUAAGUCCACACAUCUAAACAAUGUGUAUGGGACAAAACUGCAUGCAUAGGUCUUUACAAACGUAGACUUUAAUAUUCUUAAUGUUACUAUUUGAUGGUGACCUGCUAGUCAUAAGCUAUCUUUAUAAGAUAUUUCACACAGGUAGAAGUUCCUGUCGACAUAGACAAGUCAUCCUUUCAAGGACAGUUUUAAAGGUAGAUGUGUGGGCCCUAAAAUAUUAUCUUAAUUUCUAGCAUAAGAUUCCAAAAUCUGUAUUUAAAAACUGUUACAUCAUUGUGAAAAAUAUUACACCAAUCUUCAGUGUAAUACUGCAAUGAAAUCACGUUCAAAAUUUCUUGUUUUAAAUCCUCCAUUUGGAGGGAUUUAAAAAUUGAAUGUAACGUGACUUUUCUUUCUUGGAGCAUAUGCUCAUAUUAAAAUGUUUAAUAUACACUUUAUCAGUUUGGGUUUCUCAAAUUUUUUAAUCAAAAAAUUGAUACGGUCCAAAUGGACAAGUCAUGCCAUAACAUGAUCUCAUUGCCUAUCAUACAGUUCUUUGAACACAAAUUGUAAAACAGUCAAGCAAUUAAGCUGAUUUAUUGUGCAUGCAGUGUACAAUACACUUUGAAAAACUGCCUAAAUACACUUAUUCUAUAGCCUGGAAUAAAAUAAGUAUGUAUUUAACUUGCAUUUUAGUUUUUCAUAAGAAUGUAUAUAGCAAGUGCACUACAGAGAGUUAUGCUUUUGUCACUUUUGCCCAUUGUUUAAUCUGUUCUUUCAAAUACAGCCUAAUGCCAAAUAGCCACAAAUAAGCAGAGCACUUGUGUACACUCCUGACCUUUAAGUUUCAAAGAAACUGAAUAUAUAUUAUGUUAUGCAUGUGUUCAAUUUAGUUGUUUACAGUCAACUUUCACAUAAGUGAGCUGAAAGUUUUAUCCUGGGAUACCCAGCGUAAAACAAAACCCACAUGGAGUAUCAAGAGUACUUAAAUUAGACUGAAGGCACAUAUAGUAUGAAGAAGACUAAAGGUAUGAUGAAGAAAAGACAGGUCAGUGACACAGGUGGCUGGGCUACAUGUUAAGCAGCUGGAUCAACAGCACUGUGGAAAUGUGGCCCUAGAGCUUCCAGGCCCACAGCCAUCCACUACUUGUCUGAGCACCUGUGGAGUACAAAUAAUCCAUUUGUAGGACAACAGAGGGUGGACACAAACCAGAAUUAAGCUAGUAAUAACUGUGUUUCAAAUUAAAAGCAAGCUAAAUCAUCUGAUAGACUGUGGUCUAAGCUAAGCCACUAGAGGAGACCUACAUUCUACCUUAAGCAACCAGGGUUUAAGCUGUCACCUGAUGCAAAACUUGCUUCCCUAGGCAGCAAAUUCGAUCACAAGGAGCAUCUGCCUGUGGAACCAUAUCGAAAAAAAAAAGUGGGGAGCUCUUUCAGUGAGAGCAGCAUGCUGGUCUGACCAUGUUGUGAGCCCGCUCAGGAACUGGCAGCUUCUGUACACAGUAAGUGCUUACAAAAGCCGCUUAGAGUAAGUAUUCCACAGCACCAGUUCAAGAGCAAAGCUGACACGAGAAAAUCUUUUAACUACACCACAAGGAGUAAAGCUUACACCUCUACAAUGUCUGUGAGUCUGCUCCGUACAGCAUUAACCCAGCCAACAACAGCUUGAGUCCUUAGCAAAUGUAAAAAGGCAAAAAAUUAAGGUUGCAUGUGGACACACAACUGCAGUAUCUGCUUCAAGUUGGUUUGAACCAUGUGUAACUAACAACUUCAAAAUAGAGCUUUUCUCAGCCAAUUCUUCUGUUUUUUUUGGAGAGACCCAAGAGUAGCACUGUAGCACACCCUGGUACAUAGCUGCAGUGAUGAAGGUCAACUCCUACCAAUACCCUGUGUACAUUUGCAAUGACAAAACAGCCCCAUUCACAUAGGUCCUGAAUACUUCUACCAGCAGCAGAAGUGGCAUUUGUGGGAUGAAAGAACAAAGCAGUAAUGAUGCAAAAUCAGCUGCAGAAAAACCUGACAUAAACAUUGUCUGCAUAUUACUUUAUUGUUAUACCAAAAGCCAGAUUUUGCUCCUUCAUCAACAAACUCGGUGGAAAUCCAUCCUUCUGACUUAAAAGAGUGACACAAUUCAUGUGAUUCAAAGGCUGACCAUCAUUUCAUUGACUCACGCUACCUUUUUUCUUCUCAAAAGCUUUACAUUAAACCACCCUUACUCUACAUUUCAUGAGUUCUGCAUACUUCUCUCACAAGCAAGGUUCACACAGCUGUUAAAACUCAUAAUUUCUUUCAUUGUUGCAGAACACCAAAAUGCUUGGUUUAUUAAAGGCAUAAAUUUGAUAAUUUUUCCUUUACCCUUCUGAAAGAAGGCUUUGAGGAGCUCAAGGACAGGCAGCAGUGAGGGCAAGGGAAGCUUUCUGUGAGUGAGAUAUAAGCAGCAGCCUGGGCUGUUUAUCAGUGCCAGACUGGCUGCACAGACUGCACAUUCUCCACAAAACUCUUUGAAUGAUUUUUACUUUUAAAUUACUGCUACCGUGUAUUUUGCCAAUAAACAUUAUUCAAAGUGGUGCAUUUACAAUCAUAGGAAAACAUUUCUAUCCAACCAUUCAUUUUAAUGUUUAAUAUUCUGAAUAACAAAUUCUCACAUUGACCGUAUUGCCUUUGGAUUUCCACAAUGGAACAAACUCACAAGUUUUCAUUUCUAACUACCAAAACUACUUAGGUGUGCUUUGCAAGCAUUACUCCUACUUUUAAUAUUACAUUCAUAAAAAUAACAGUUUAUUAAUGUCUCAUAUGGAAGUUACUAUUAUUCCACCUGUCUAACUUAGUUGUAAAGCAUGACUACCUGGUUCUGUUAAGACAUGAGCAAAGACAGAAGAAUAGCAAACACCUGACUGACUCCUCCAAUGAUUGUAAUAUAAAAUGCUGCCUAAUAUGGAUAGUUGCACAUUUUUAUAAUAAAGUAUAUUCUUCAAACUG